AAAAUUCUCUAUCUCCCCGAAAAAUACCAGAACAACCGAUCAUGGCGGAACGCGGUGGUGCAGGAGAAAGAGGUGGAUUUGGUAGGGGGUUUGGUGGCCGUGGAGAUAGAGGUCGUGGAGAUAGAGGAAGAGGAGAUCGUCGCGGUGGAAGAAGAGGUGGACGUCGUGAGGAAGAAGAGAAAUGGGUACCAGUAACCAAGCUAGGUCGUCUUGUGAAGGAAGGUCAGAUUCGAAGUCUUGAACAGAUCUAUCUUCAUUCAUUAGCAGUCAAGGAGUAUCAGAUCGUUGAUCAACUAUUAGGGCCUGUUUUGAAAGAUGAAGUCAUGAAAAUCAUGCCUGUUCAAAAACAGACUAGGGCUGGACAAAGGACUAGAUUCAAAGCAUUUGUUGUUGUUGGUGAUGGUAAUGGUCAUGUUGGUUUGGGUGUGAAAUGUAGUAAAGAAGUUGCUACUGCUAUUCGUGGUGGUAUUAUUCUUGCUAAGUUAUCUGUUGUCCCUGUUAGAAGAGGUUACUGGGGUAAUAAGAUUGGUAAACCUCAUACUGUUCCUUGUAAGGUUACUGGUAAAUGUGGUUCUGUUACCGUCCGUAUGGUUCCUGCUCCUCGUGGUGCUGGUAUUGUUGCUGCUAGGGUUCCUAAGAAGGUUUUGCAGUUUGCUGGUAUUGAUGAUGUUUUCACUUCUUCUCGUGGAUCUACAAAAACCCUUGGAAACUUUGUUAAGGCUACUUUCGACUGUCUCCAAAAGACUUACGGGUUUUUGACUCCUGAUUUCUGGAAGGAGACUCGCUUCACAAAAUCUCCAUUCCAGGAGUACACUGAUCUCUUGGCGAAGCCUACAAAAGCCCUCAUCCUUGAUGACGUGGAAAGGAUGGAUGCAUAAUUGGGAUGAGAUGGCGAACAUUGGAACAUGUGGUUGCUUAUAGAAAUGAAAAUGCAGUUUUCUGCGCUUUCAUAAACAAGUUAGAUGAAAGUUAAGAGACUUGAAAUUGUAGAUAAAUGCUCACAAAUGUUUUACAGCACUGAGACGUUUUCAGUAGUUUUGUUCACAGGAGUAGCAUUUCCUGCUCCUGUGCUGCGUUUUGUUCAGAUGAUGGAUGAAUCAUAGAACAAUCAUGGCUUUGUGGAAUUACUGUAUCUAAACGGAAGCUGUAGUAGGUUUCUUAGUUGACAAUGAAAUCUAAGCUGGCGGCAGGUAACAAGAAAUGAUAGCUUCCAAAAAUAAUGGUUCCUUCAUGAUUUAUAUACCAGAAUUUCUUGCCA